UUCAAGUUUCUUCAUAAACCUUGGAAAUGUCUUGUGUGCUGCGCUUUGAUAAUAAGAUCCCGUGUUGCUUGCGUGUCUCUUGUAAGCUUGGCUUUCUACUAAGAAUAACUAACUCAUUACUGGCAUCCACCGCUUCUUCUGCUCUGUUUCGGAGUGGGUAACUCGGGCUCGGAGCUCCACUACUGUUUCCCGUCUUAGAGUAUUGUUAAAUUCAACUCUCUAUGUCUUUAUUAUUAUUAUGAUUGUACCUAGGACAAUUCUAUCCCGUGUUGAUUUCUACCUUGGAAAAGAUAUUGCGUGACGGGGGACCUUUUCGGCCUUGCUAACGGGUCUGUUCUACCCACAUAUUUUUUUUUUUCGGUCGCCAUCAAGGUCUGCCGAUCGAUCGUUGAGGACCUCAUCGAGCAAAGUGCAUAUUAGCUUGACAAGGGUGCAUCUUCUAGCAGGUUAUAUGGUGCUACCCCUUCGCCUCUUGCUUUCUCAUUUUGAAUUCUAUGACAAACUAGACAUUCACUCGAGCCGUUCUAUGAAUUGAACAUCCCACGCGCCUGUAACCACCAUAACCAUGGAGAAGGGUGCGGCGGCACACCGGUCCCAAUCGGACGGUGUCAUUAACGUUACCAUUGAAGGAGAGCAACCCGAAGUCACAGGACCUCAAAGUACCUCUGAAAGUGAAACCGAGGCUCACCAUGUCUUCAACGAGCAGACCAAUUAUGUUCCGAAGAAGACAAUUAUCAUGAUAUUCCUGGCGUGUUCUAGCGUAGACUUGCUAGCCCUCAUGGACCAGACUACACUAGCAGCGAGUUUGUACAUCAUCGCAGGUUCUUUGAAGUCUAGCGAUCAGGCAUCAUGGAUUGCCAGCGGAUAUUUCAUAACUUCAACGGUCGGUCAACUUUUGUAUGGGAGGCUUUCGGAUAUUUGGUCGCGCAAAGUGAUUCUCCUCAUCGGGUUGGCGAUUUUCUUUUUCGGAUCAUUGGCAUCGUCUCUCGCCCAAACUGUUACACAAUUGAUCAUCUUCCGAUGCUUCACUGGUAUCGGUGGAGGUGGGUUAAUGACCAUAGCUCAGACAAUUGUUAGCGAUGUGGUGCCGCUACGGGAAAGGGGUAAAUAUCAGGGCAUCCUGGGAGCGGUUGUUGCUAUUGCUAACGGAAUCGGGCCUGUGAUCGGAGGUUCGCUUUCCUCUAUUUCGGAAGAAUCUUGGCGGUGGAUCUUCCGUUUGAAUUUGCCGCUUACCUUGUUGACCACAUGCUGCGUUGUGUUCAUCAUGCCGCUCAAGAAAGUUGAGGGAGACUGGAAAUUGAAACUGAAAGCAGUCGAUUUUCUGGGUAUUGCGCUUACGCUCGCCGGCGUGUCUGUUCUCAUGCUUGGCUUGACGUGGGGAGGUUCUGAAUAUCCUUGGGAUUCAUCUGCUGUCAUUGCGACAUUGGUAACUGGAUUUGUGCUCUGCGUCGCUUUUGUUUUAUGGCAGUGGAGAGGACCGCGUUAUCCCUUGGUACCACUACAUAUCUUUAAGUCUAAGAUCGUCAAUGGGGCAUGCCUAACGAUGGCUAUUAAUGGCUGGAAUUUCGUCGUUCAAGUUUACUACGUACCCACAUUUUACCAGCUUGCUUAUGGAUAUUCGGCUACGAAAGCUGGUGCCAUGUUACUGCCCAUCACGCUUAUCCAGACCCUUAGCAGUACAUUAUCCGGCCUGGUGGUUCAUUGGGUUGGGCGGUAUCGCGAGUGUAUUCUGUUCGGUUGGGUAUGUUGGGUAAUUGGCCUUGGAUUGAUGUCGACAUUGGAUGAAACCUCAGGACUUGGGAAGCAAAUAGGAUAUGCGAUAAUCAUUGGUGUGGGUGUUGGAAAUACGCUACAGCCGGCCCUUAUAGCCUGUCAGGCUGGAGUAGAGAGACGCGAUAUGGCCGUGGUGACGUCUUUUAGAAAUUUUGUGCGGAAUUUGGGUGGAACAUUCGGUCUUGCCAUCUGCGGUACUCUACUAAACAAUAUCGUGGCAAAAUCUCUGUCAUCAUUAAGUAUCAGCGAAGCCGAUCUCAAGGACCUUCUCAACAGUCCACAGUCUUAUCUCUCAUCUUUACCUCCAAGCGAUGCUCAACAUAUUCGCUCGGUGCUUGUGCCUGCAUAUCGCCAAGGUUUUAGGGUGAUAUUCAUUGUUGGGGCGUCUUUAGCAGCUUUCGCAUUUUUCGUCGCAUGGUUCAUGAUGCCCCAAGUAGAGCUUCGUCGCCCAGACGAUGAGAAGCUCAAAGAGGAGGGUCGAAAGCAAUAUGCCGCGAAACAGACUGCCCCAGCCCCCUGAGAACAUAUAGCUUCGUUCCAACCCCCGAUCGGAGCUUGCUUUAUGCAGUAGCAGCUAAAAAGCCUAUAACUUUCGCAGU